AUGCUCUGCCAAAUCUGCCAGGAGCGCAUCUUCCACAAUGGAUCUCCGACAUGGACACAGAAUAUGGAUGAGGAUGAGGAUGGGGAUGAGGAUAAGGAUGAGGAUGGGGAUGAGGAUGAGGAUGAAACAGAGUGGGCACUGCACCACAAAGAUUUCGAAACUUUCGACGCUUCUAUCAAAGAAGGGUGCUUCAUAUGCAAUCGUGUUUGGGCCUCUCUGCAACCAUCAGAACAGCUUUCCAUUUCUGACCGCGAAGAAGCUAAGAACGACAACAGCAAGUCAAGUGAUACACAGCAUCGAAUUUCUCCUGACCCGGAACUCAGCACACUUGGAACGAGAGAUUGCCUUCUUGAAUAUCAAAUUCUUGAGGACGUAGACCUAGACCAGUCUCCCAACUGGUAUCGGUUAAGAUUCCGUAGUUCGUUGAUUACUUUCACAGAGGCCCCCAAAUUGGUUAUAAACAAAAUUGAUGCGUCUAUCAUUCUCGAAAUCAGCGAAAUACCAGCCAAUUCCAAAUCAGCAGAGUCGUUCUCGCUUGCUAGAGAUUGGAUUACAGAAUGCGACAAGCUUCACAAGUCUUGCCAAGCAGCUGCAGCUGGAACGUAUUAUCCCACUCGGCUUCUCGACUGUGGCUUGCCAGGAAGUCCUGAAAGCUGCCGUGUCAUUGAAUCGAAAUCUGCUUCUAUCACUGGACCGUAUUUAACUCUGAGCCAUUGCUGGGGACACACCGAAUGCUUGAAAAUCACGACUACCAACUACAACGAGUUGCUGACCGACAUUCCGGUAUCCUCACUUCCCCUACUGUACCAGGAUGCAGUACAUGCUACCCGUCAGCUGCAGCACAGAUACAUUUGGAUCGAUUCCCUUUGCAUAAUUCAAGAAGGUGACAAUCACAGAGAUUGGCAGCAACAAGUGACCUUGAUGAGCGAAGUUUACUCCCAUGCGGCUUGCAAUAUCUCCGCGGCGACCUCGCCAAAUGCUGAGCACUCGAUGUUCAACUCGCGUGACUCAACGCAAGUCAUUAUAGAGACAUUAGAUCUUUCUAUCAACAGUCAAGACGUUUCAAAAUAUGUUAUCAGAGAUGAGAAUAUCUGGUCCCAUAACCCUUGGCUCUGGAUAAACGAAGUUCGAGAGGCUUGUGUGAACGGCCGUGGUUGGGUCCUACAAGAACGCGUACUAUCCGUCCGUAAUUUGUACUUUGGAAAAAGUCAGUUAUACUGGGAGUGCCAUGAGAAGGACGCCAUGGAGGUUUGGCCCGCUGGUCUACCAAGCUAUUUUUAUAAUUCAAAACCACGGAUCAAAUCGCUGCUUCAGCACGGUCUUGAAAGCGUAAGUACGAUUAACAAUGACUUGGAAUGGCUGAAAGCAUGGAAUUGGAUUGUGCGGACUUACUCUUUUUGUGGCUUGACUAAGUCUUCGGACAAGUUACCCGCUAUCUCAUCACUUGUGAAAAGACUUCGUUCCAGCACGAAUGACGAAUAUGUCGUGGGGCUGUGGCGCAGUGUUCUGCCCCAACAGUUGUUUUGGGAAACUUUGUAUCAACCGCCUCCGCUGAAAGAUUACCGUGCUCCAUCUUGGUCAUGGGCAGCAGUUGACGGACUGGUAACAUAUGAUUUGAAGCUAAGCAGGCCACUGGAGGCUCUGGUGACUGUUGAAGGCUUAGAGAUAGAUUAUUUGACGGACGACGAUACACAGCAGGUCAAUGGCGGAUGGUUGGGGCUGCGGGGUAAGUUGAGGACGAUCACACUCACUCGCAGCGAUAAGUCUAUGUGGAUAAACAGUCAUGAGUGGUAUGGAGCAAAUAUUUGGUUCGACACUAUUGGUGAACCUUUUGAUGGAGACACUACGGAGCGGAGCGUGUAUGGCCUGCCGGUAUGUCUGUAUACAGCGGAUCAGAACGGAGAUGAAGGGGAGAAGCCAAAAGACUUGUACGCUUUAAUUCUGCAUGUCGUUGACAAAGGCAAAGGGAUAUAUCGUCGAAUUGGCUACUGGUAUGCGUCAAUUUCCCAAGAGCACCUUGACGAAAUUCUGGGCUUCACAGACGGAGAGGAGGAAUUUCCCUGCGAGAAAUACGAAGACGGAUACCACUACAUCCGUAUCAUCUAG